CUUAAAAUUUAUAGAGUAAUUCUAAAUCGCUAAGCAUAAAGAGUUAAAUAUAGACAAUGUAAGAAAUGUUUGUUACUGUGAAAUUGGUUAGAUCUUUAUCCAGUUAUUCAUUUAUUUCAUCAUUAAUUGUGUUGAGGACCAGGAAGCUAAAUCAUAUGGUGUAUUUCAUAGAAUUGCUAAAAAUAUAUAUUUAGAAAGUUUAGCUUUAUCCAGUUAUGGCAAUUUGUACUUCACUAUAAAGAAAAAUGAAAUAAAUGAAAUGCAUGUUUGUUGCUAUAUUCUUGUUUGUGGAAUACUGUGAUGUUGACAAGUUUCUGUAUUUGAAAUGUAGGGCUCUGAUGAAUGGGUUAUAAUAGAAAAACAAGCUUCUAGGCUAGAAGAACUAGUUGUAGUUGAAAUGAAAAGUGACAGAAAUGAAUCCAAAGAAGAAACAGUUGAGGCUGUAACACUUGUUUGUGACAAAAAGCAAAUUGAUUUAGAACUAUCAUCUCCUGAAAUGGAGCUUAUAAAAGAAGCAAUUCACAAGGAUGAAGACAAAUCUCCAGUGACUGAAGAAAUUUGUGUUCUAUCUGCUGUACAAAAAGAUGACCCUUCUGAAUGUAUUGGUUUAAUGGAAAAGACAAGAGCAAUAACUAGUCCAUUGGAUUGCACAGAGUUACCGAAGUCAGAUCAACAAAAAAAACCUGAAAUGGAAAAACAAAAAGCUGAAUUUGAAGAACUUGCAUUUCAGAAAGUUUUAGAUGAAGAACCUUUAAUUUCUGGACAAAAGAAUGUUGAUGAUACCUCAGUUUGUAGUGCAGAAUUGUUAGAACGAGCUUCAACAUUUAAUGGCGAAAGGCUAUUUAAGUCUAAAGAAUUAAAAUCAGAUGCCCAACCAGGUGAAGAUGUACAUACUACAUUGCCUUUGCAAAUGACUGGUAGAAAAGAAUCCAAAUCUGUUUCUCCUGAAAAUGAUGGAACUAGAUCUAAAGGAUAUAAAGACUCUAAGGACAUUUCUCCACAAGACAAUGACAAAAAUUCCAAAUUUGAUUCUCCAACAGCUGACCAAAACAGCAAAAGUUUUCAUGUGGAAAAUCUAAAAGAAGUGAAGGCAGAAUUACAAUCCUUUAACCAAGAUUCCAAAGAGUCUCAGCCUUGUUCAAAGCGAUUGGUUGGUAAUGAGUCAUGGACAUCCUUAGAAAAAGAGUCAGAAACAUGUGUCUUAAAGUUUCAUUCUACAGGGGAAGCAGAAAGAUCAAACUUGGAAGUACGCAAAAAAGACCCAAAACCUUGCUCAACAGGAGAUGAUGGAAAAGAACUUAAGUCAGUUACACUGAAGGACAAUGGCAAAGAGGCAAGGCCAGAUAUACUGGAAGGCAGUGGAAAAGAGUCAAAGCCAGGUACACUGGAGGGUGAUGGAAAAGAGACAAGGCCAGGUACACUGGAAGACGAUGGAAGAGAGACAUGGCCAGGUACACUGGAAGACGAUGGAAAAGAGACAAGGCCAGGUACACUGGAAGACGAUGGAAAAGAGACAAGGCCAGGUACACUGGAGGAUGAUGGAAAAGAGUCAAGGCCAGGUACACUGGAGGACGAUGGAAAAGAGUCAAGGCCAGGUACACUGGAGGAUGAUGGAAAAGAGUCAAGGCCAGAUACACUGGAGGAUGAUGGAAAAGAGUCAAGGCUAGGUAAACUGGAGGACAAAGGCAAAGUGUCAAGGCCAGGUACACUGGAGGACGAUGGAAAAGAGUCAAGGCCAGGUACACUGGAGGACGAUGGAAAAGAGUCAAGGCCAGGUACACAGGAGGACGAUGGAAAAGAGUCAAGGCCAGGUAAACUGGAGGACAAAGGCAAAGAGUCAAGGCCAGGUACACUGGAGGACGAUGGAAAAGAGUCAAGGCCAGGUACACUGGAGGACGAUGGAAAAGAGUCAAGGCCAGGUACACUGGAGGACGAUGGAAAAGAGUCAAGGCCAGGUACACUGGAGGACGAUCGAAAAGAGUCAAGGCCAGGUACACUGGAGGACGAUGGAAAAGAGUCAAGGCCAGGUACACUGGAAGACGAUGGAAAAGAGUCAAGGCCAGGUACACUGGAGGACGAUGGAAAAGUGUCAAGGCCAGGUAAACUGGAGGACGAUGGAAAAGAGUCAAGGCCAGGUACACUGGAGGACGAUGGAAAAGUGUCAAGGCCAGGUAAACUGGAGGACAAAGGCAAAGUGUCAAGGCCAGGUACAUUGGAGGAUGAUGGAAAAGAGACAAGGCCAGGUACACUGGAGGACAAUGGAAAAGAGACAAGGCCAGGUACACUGGAAGACGAUAUAAAAGAAUCAAGGCCAGGUACACUGGAAGAUGAUAUAAAAGUGACAAGGCCAGGUACACUGGAAGGUGUUGGAAAAGAGACAAGGCCAGGUACUCUGAAGGACGAUGGAAAAGAGACAAAGCCAGGUACACUGGAGGACGUUGGAAAAGAGCCAAGACCAGGUAUGCUGGAGGGUGAUAGAAAAGUGAUAAAGCUGGAUACAAUGGGAGACAAAAGAAAAGUGCUGAAGUCAUGUACAUUUGAGGAUGAUGGGAAAGAGACAACAUCAUGUACACUGACAAAUGAGGGAAAAGAGUCAAAGCCAAGCACAUUGGAGGAAGACAGAAAAGAGAGAAGGGCAUGUUUACCCGAGGACAAUGGAACAGGGACAAGGCCAUAUAUAUUGGACAAUAAUGGCAGAAAUUUCAAUGACAAUAAAAUGCUCAAGCAGCUUUCCCACGGUCAUGCCAAUGACUUUGUUCAAGUUGAGUCUCAGUCAAAUUCUAGGGAUGAAUCUAAGGAGUGUUUCCCAAGGACAGCCAGUGAUGAAUCUAAAAUAUAUUCUUCAGCACGGGUAUCAUCAGUAUUGGCUUGCUCAAAAUCCACAAAUGUGGCUGUAUAUGACAACUUAGCAUCUAAUGAACUGUCAUCAGAUGCAAAUCAAGUUCAAUUCCUUGUUAACAACAAAGUAGAUUCCAGAUCAGAACACCAAAUGGAGUAUGCUGAGGGAAAAUCAUCUAAACUGGGCUCUCCUGAUCUUGGGUUGGCAGGCCAGGAAGUGAUUCUUAAAGCUGAAUUUUCUCAUGUUGAAACGUUGCAAAGAUCAACAAUAGCUUUGCUUCCAUCUAAGUCAAGAGAGGAAGAGUCUACUCAAGCCACUGAACUUGAGUACGUAAGGAUCACAGAGUUUCCGAAAGUUGAUCCUUUAAAGCCCACAUUCAAACCUGGAAAAGAGAGCAUAUUGUUUAAACAUGACAGAGGACUUCCAAAUUCAUCAGAGCAGAUAGCAGAAAUCUACUCUUCAGCCAAGCUUAAAGAGAGACAUCCGGAAGUGUAUGAUAUGGGAUCUGCCACUCUGAAAGAUAAAAUAUCAUACUUUGAAUUAAAAUUGGGAGAAAAUGCUUACUUAAAAAAGCCAGUCAAAGUGUUGGAACAGGCUGCACAGAUUUCUGAAGUUGGAUCCCCGGAUUCAGGCUGUGAAGUGGAAUUAACAGAAGCAGUGACUAAACCUGUUCGCGAAAGCACCUCAGAAGACAAAGAUGCAAAACCUUCAAGAGAAGCUUUAAAAUCUCCUGGGAAGACUUCUGUAAAAGGGGAAGCCUCUGAAGAUCCUGUUACUUCAGUAACUACAUCCCAGGAGCUGUUCCCUUCACAUGAAAUAAGUGAUGAAGAAUCUGCCAAAUGCAAGAGCCCUGAAGCAAAGCAGGAUCUGAAAAGGAGGUCUUUGCUGGCCAAGCAAGAGUCUGAUGAGGUUAUGGAGCAGAUGCAGGAGCUUGUGCCGCAGACCGUGGUGGUUGAACACAGACAUUCCAACAUUAUUACAAACUCCUCAGGACCUGCUGAACUCGAGAAAGACCUCUCAGCGUCUGAAGGAAUUGAUGGAAUAUUGGAAGAGAAGAAGUUAUCAACGGAAACUAAGGCGAUUAAACAAGAAAUUGACAAUGCUGUCUCUGAAGCCAGUACUCCAAGUACCAAAAGUACUGAAAAGCAGCCCGCUCAAGAGGAUGGUGUUGAUCAACACAAAAGCAAUGACCAAGAACCUGAAGAGAAACCUCAACAUGAGGAUAUCACAAAAACAAAAACAGGGUUGCCAAGUGAGGAACCUAUUGUAAAAAUGGAAGCCACCUCCAAAGAAACACCAUUGGAAAUCAAAACACCCACCAGCACCAUACAGAUUACCAAUAGUCAAGAUCUUGGGAAUGAAGUUGUAAUAAGCUCUCAAAAUGCUGUAUCAGAAACUCUGCCCACAUCAGCUGUUGACAAUAAUAGUGGAGUUGUAUCUGUAACAAGCUCUCAGUCUGUUACUUCAGAAACUAUAUCGACAUCAACCACCACUCAUAUCACCAAGUCAGUGAAAGGGGGAUUCUCUGAAACCAGGAUUGAGAAGAGAAUUAUCAUCACAGGAGAUGCUGAUGUUGAUCAAGACCAGGCUUUGGCUCUUGCAAUUAAGGAGGUGAAACAGCUACACCCUGACAUGCUUGUGACAAAGGCAGUCGUUUAUAAAGAAUCAGAGUCUGAAACUGAGCAGAAUGCAAAGGAAUCAAAGGAGUAACAGCGUGGAGUGCAGCUCCGUGAAUCAUGCUGGAAAAACAUAUGGAAUCAUACUUUUGCUCUCAUCAACACAGAAUUUUGCUGCCUUGUAAUUUCACACAGAAGUGGGAAAGAUGAUUAUUAAUAUAAAAAUUAUACACCUGCUGUGCAAAAAGAAAUUUCAGUUCCAAUCACCGCCAAGAAAAUAAAACAUUUGCAGUUCCAGAAAGCGCAUGUUGAAGGGAAAGUAAGCCAAAACUAGAACUUCUAACCAUAAUUCUACAAUAUGAGCUUUUCCAGCAAGUAGAACCUCACAGGGGAGCAUCUUUCAUGGAGAUGGAAGCAAGAUAUUGUAACUAAUGUUCAAUAACACAUGCUUAUGCUAUGGAUGUCGAUUUAAAUUUCUUCCUUUUUGAUCUGUUAAUAAAGGUCAGCACCUAUCAUACAAAAUAUCCUAUGGAAAUGAAUGGCACAUAUUGGUUCCCAAUUUGGAUGUGCAUUAAUUUAUAUUGAAGUAUGCUUAUCUGGUAAUAUAAAGAUUGGAUGUGAUCCUCAACUGAGGUUUGUAAUAUUCAAAUAGCUACCUGGUGUUGGUUUUUAAACUUGACACCUGGCUUGACAGCUGUUCGUGUUUUUUUGUAAAAUAAAAGAAAUCUUAAUUAUUUGAAAGUGAAUAAUUUUAGGCAAAUGAGUUUUCACAGAUGUCUUAAUCAAAUGAUAGUGGAUAGAAAUUUGUUAGCACACAACUAGCUGUUUCAGGUGAAGUGCAUAGGAAGGUGAUCAAAAUAGUGGUUCAGUAAAAAUACUUAGCAAUGGUUUACAAAGGACAGAACAUUUUGUUCCAAAAUUAAUUUCCUCUCCAUUCCAUUGCACCAUGAGCAUACUGGGAUUUUUUUUUUUUUAAUUUGUUCUGAAUUCUUAGGAACAGUUACAGUAAAGUGACACAAUACUUCAUAAUGCCUGCAAAGGAAUAUUAGGCAUUGCUGAGUGUACACACAUGAACUGCUUUACAUACUUGGCAUUACAGGAGACAUUUAUACAUAACUCAUGGUUAGUGUUGAGGUACUUUGAUUACUGCAUAUCACAUUACUGUACAUGUGGUUGUGUGUGAAGUCAUAUGCCUUGUGCAUGCUUAGAUGAUGCAAUGAACAGCUGAGGGAAGCAAAAUAUUUGCACAAUUGGCAUUUAAUCAAUUGUCAUUCAUUUGUUCACCAUUGCUAAAUAUAUUUUUGAUAGGAUUGUUUUAGUGAUUUAUCCGAGAUUUUAAAAUGAACAUGAGUGAUGAAGUAUUUGAAAAUCUUUCCAUUUGUAUCAACAGCUGACAUGAAUUUGUGUGCAUGAGUGCCAUGACGCACUUUAAUACAGAUAUGAAAUGCGCCAUCACUGCUUUUAUCCCCCUCUACAGCUCUAUAUGUAUUCAUUGUAUCCUUUUACUUCAAAGUGAAAUAAAUGUGCCAGAUGCA